AUGUCUGAGCUCGACAUCCAGAUUCCAACUGCCUUUGAUCCAUUCGCUGAGGCAAAUGCUGAGAACUCAGGUGCUGGGUCAAAGGAAUACGUUCAUAUACGUAUACAGCAACGCAAUGGUAGGAAAAGCCUGACCACUGUUCAAGGCUUGAAGAAAGAAUUCAGCUACAACAAGAUACUUAAAGACCUUAAAAAGGAGUUUUGCUGCAAUGGUACUGUUGUUCAAGACCCUGAACUUGGCAAGGUUAUCCAACUUCAAGGUGAUCAAAGGAAGAACGUAUCCACCUUUCUCGUUCAAGCUGGCAUUGUGAAGAAAGAACACAUCAAAAUUCAUGGUUUUUAAAUAGCGACGGCGGCGACAUAACAUUCUUCUGCUUGCAACUUGUGCUGUAUCUAAGCGAUAUUAGCUCUUCGUGUUGCUUGUAAUUUUUCAUCAUCUGCUCAAAUCAUCUUUUAUUUAUUUAUUUAUUUAUAAUAAUAAUAAUAAUAAUAAUAAUAAUAAUAAUAAUAACCCAAUGUUAGAAAUUAUAGAUUGUAAAAUCUUGAAAAUAAAUAGGUCGCGUGUAAGUAUGGUUCACGAAAGGGCGAUCUUUGUUUCUUGUUGUGAUUAUGUAACGGGGAAUAUUUAUCUAAUUCUAAUGUACAUGGAGUU